AUGAGAGCACACAUAACCUUUUUGCUUUUCUUGAUACCAUUCAGCUUAAUCAAUUCCAACUCAAAUAAUUUUUUGGUUAAUGGCUACUGUCAUGGCCAUGAACGUUCUUUGUUGCUCCUUUUGAAAAACAGUUUGAUAUUCAACCCCAAAAAAUCUUCAAAGCUAGUUCAAUGGAACCAAAUUGAUGAUGAUUGUUGCCAAUGGAAUGGGGUAACUUGCGUAGAGGGACAUGUUACAGCCCUUGAUCUUAGUCAAGAGUCUAUUUCCGGAGGACUUAAUGAUUCUAGUGCUCUUUUCAACCUGCAAUAUCUGCAGAGUCUGAAUUUAGCUUUAAAUGUUUUUCGUGCUACAAUUCCUCAAGAGCUGCAUCAACUUCAGAAUUUGAGGUAUUUGAACUUCUCCAACAUUGGCUUUGAAGGACAGAUCCCUAAGGAAAUUUUUCACCUCAAAAGUGGUAUCUUGGGUGAGUUUCACAAUGCUUCUUCACCUCUAUUGGAGAUUCUAGAUUUGUCCAAUAAUUAUUUACAAGGCCCUAUCCCAUUAUCUAUCUUUAACCUUCCAACACUUCGUUUCAUUCAACUUUCUUUCAACAAGUUUAAUGGUACGAUAAAGUUGGAUGCCAUUAGAAGGUUAAGUAAUUUAACUAUCUUAGGGCUAUCAUAUAACAAUCUUUUCAUUGAUGUCAACUUCGAAGAUGAUCAUAACAUGUCAUCCUUUCCAAAGUUGAGAGGUCCAGGUUUUGAAGAAAGUUUUUCAAACUUCAGUUCUAACCUUAACUCUGUUGAUCUUAGUUUUAACAACCUCCAAGGGCCAAUUUCUUUAGUUUCAAAGUACGCAACUUAUUUGGACUAUUCAAGCAAUAAAUUCAGCUCUAUCAUUCCACCAGACAUUGGGAACCACCUCCCUUACAUAAUUUUCUUGUUUCUUUCAAUCAACAAAUUUCAAGGACAAAUCCAUGAUUCUUUUUGUAAUGCAUCUAGUCUUAGGCUGCUAGACCUUUCCCACAAUAACUUUGUUAGGACAAUUCUCAAGUGUUUUGCAGCACUGAGUAGCAGUCUAAGAAUGUUGAAUUUCGAGGUCAUAUUCCAAAUGAUUUCCAUGUUUUCUGAGCAAAAUUUCACCGGAACGAUAUCAUCUGCACUCCUCAAUAGCUGGAAAGCAAUGAUGCGUGAUGAAGACGUGCUUGGGCCAGAAUUCGGAAAUUUGUUUUUUGAUGUUUUUGAUAACUAUCAUCCAACGGGUUUGCAGGAUGCAUUACGAAUUAUGAACAAACAUUAUGCUAGGAAAGUGGUUCAAAUUGUUUUAAAUAUGUCCCAUUCUGAUCUUGAUCAGGUGUUAUCUGACAGUAGUGCAAAAGAUUUGGACCGUGGUUGA